AUGUGUGUCUCUUUCAAGCAGAGAAAGAGAGAGAGAGAGAGAGAGGGGGAGAGAGAAAAGAAAGUGAAAGGAUACUUCCUUUCUCUCUCUCUCUCUCUCUCUCUCUCUCUCUCUCUGCUUGUCCUUGUUACCCAUUUACUCCAUCAAACAUAUUCUUUCUUUCUUUCUUUCUUUCUUUGUACACCAAACUGUCCUGGUUUCAUUUCUUUCUUUCUUUCUUUCUUUCUGCGUCUUUCUUUCUUUUUUUCUUUCUUUCUUUCUUCCACUUUCUUUUCUUUCUUUUUUGCUUUUAUUUUUGGAAACCUGCAGUGCUUCUUUCUUUCUUUGAAAACAUGUAGUCUUUCUUUCUUUCUUUCUUUCUUUCUUUCUUUCUUUCAGCUGGUUCUUACUUUUCUUUCCUUCUUUCUUUGUCCAACUUUCUUUACACUUUUUAUUACACUUUCUUUUCUUUCUUUCUUGCUUUCAUUUUCUGAAACAUGCAGUCUUUCUUUCUUUCUUUUAUGUCUUUAUUCCAUUUUCUUUCUUUUCUUUCUUUUUUCCUUAUUUGAAACCUCCUUUCUUUCUUUCUUUCUUUCUUUCUUUCUUUCUUUCUUUCUUUCUAUAUUUACUAACAUAUUGCUUCUUUAUUUCUUUUUUUAA